UUAGUAACACAUAUCAGUAGUGUUCGCAUGUCCACAAGUUAAACGAGACUUGUACAAUGAAUCUUUUUAUACUAUUUACAUUAUUUAUGUGCAGUGUUGAUGCUUAUAAAGUAUUAUUAAUAUACAGUUUGCCCGUAAGGAGUAUUGGCAUUUUGGGCGAGGGACAUUUAAGGAAUCUCAUAGACUCUGGACAUGAGGUAACGUAUAUAACUGUUUAUCCAUUGAAGAACCAUAAAUAUGGGAAUAAACUUCAACAAAUCGAUGUCAGCGAUAACGUAAAAUCAUUACCAGAUAAUGGUAUUAUGGAUAUUGGAGCUAUUAUGCACAAUGGUGUGCCGAUGAAUGAUGUUGGUACUCUUCAAGAAAUUUCUGUACAUAAUGCUAUUCUUACCUUCGAGAAUGAGAAUGUGAGAAAGCUUAUAAAUGAUCCCAAUGUACGUUUCGACGUGGUCAUAUCAGAUUUGUAUGAAACUGAAGUUUACGCCGCAUUUGCAGCAUUAUACAACUGUCCGAUGAUAUGGAGUUAUUCUAUGGGAGCUCAAUCGUCGGUAUUGCAGCUGAUUGAUCAACCAACUAAUCCUGCUUAUACUGUUGAUUAUUUAUCUUCAAACACCCUGCCUCUCUCCUUCCAGCAAAGAGUUGAAGAGUUAUGGGCGUUGAUAAAAUGGAAUAUAAUGAAGAGAUUUUUCCUUAUACCAAAAGAGGAGGCCGCUUAUGAGAAAUAUUUUGGCCCGGUUUUAGCGAAACGCGGCAGGAGAUUGCCUAAUUACAAGGAAUUAAUAUACAAUGCCUCUUUAAUAUUUGGUAACGAACACCACGCCGUUGGAAACUUGCCAAGCACUCCGCAGAACUUUAAGUUUAUCGGAGGCUCUCAUAUUGAAUCUCCAGCGAAACCGCUGCCGAAAGACUUACAAAGUUUAAUGGACAAUCCAAAAGAUGGCGUUAUAUACUUCAGCAUGGGAUCCACAUGGCAGAGUAAGGAUAUCCCGAACGAUGUGACAGAGGGACUUCUUAAAGUCUUCGGGGAGUUGAAGCAGACUGUUAUAUGGAAAUAUGAGGCAGAUUUGCAGAAUUUACCUAAAAAUGUACAUAUACUGAAGUGGGCUCCUCAACAAAGUAUACUAGCCCAUCCAAACUGUUUGUUCUUCAUAUCUCACGGUGGUUUGCUGUCAUCCACUGAAGCCAUACACUUUGGUGUGCCAACAAUAGGCGUGCCAAUAUUCUUUGAUCAAUUCCUCAAUGUAAACAGGGCUGUAACAAAAGGCUAUGCUAUCUAUGUCCCCUUGACUACCAACUUGCCGCAUGAUUUGAAGCCGGCUAUUGAGACCAUGUUGAGUGAUUCGGGGUACAGAAGGAAAGCGUGGGAGCUCAGUAAAAUAUAUCACGACCGGCCGGUAUCCCCUGGGGCGGAGGUGGUGCAUUGGGUUGAACACGUGAUACGUACAGGUGGCGCUCCGCACCUCCGCUCACCAGCGCUACAUGUGCCUCUCUACCAGAAGUUCUACCUGGACCUAGCCGUUGUUCUAAUUCUAUCGUUUUAUGUGUUAACACUGGCAAUUAAAUCAAUAUUCUGUAAAUCAACAAAAACGAAACAAAGAAGUGACAGUAAGAAAACGAAAAGGAAUUGAUUGUAAAUUUGAUUUUUUUUAUUAGAUUUUUGUUAAUAGUUUUUGC